ACACAGGACAGGAGCCAUGAAAAGCAUUGAAGAAUCUGAUGUAGGAAUCGUCUGCUACGUCUCUCAGCUCCCUGGUUUCCAAGGCAUUCUUAAGCAGAGGUAUUCUGAUUUUAUAGUAAAUGAAGUGGAUUUGGAUGGCAACGUGGUUCAUUUGACGUCUCUAGAUGCUGCACCUGAGAUUGUUGAAGAAAAAGAAACAAAGAUAUCUGAUCAACCUAACAAAAGCUAUGACACUGAAAUUGAAUUAUUUAGAACUUUGGCUGGUGAUUCAGAUGCUGAUUCUCUCAAAGCUUUUAUAGAACAGAUUAGUUCUGCCAUUGAGGACAAUGUUGAACCCAUUGUGAUUUCUCCAAGUUCUGAUAAGUUGCAUCGGACGGCAAUGCAUAAUUUUUUCAAGGAGAAACUUAAGUUUCUUGUUACUGACACCAUAGAUGGACCAGACCCCUCAUCAAAAUGCAUUCGCGUGAGGUUAAAUUCAGGAGGGAAUAAUGGCAGAGGUAGAAACUCAAAGAAACGGAAAGAGAGGUGUGAGAUGCCAUAUGACAGUAGAGGUUCGGACAGUUGGCCAGAACGUCUGGGCAAGUUCCUGAGGUUUCAUCUUUACAAGGAGAACAAAGACACCCAGGAAGCCUUGGGACUUAUUGGAAAGAUGCUGGGCAUUCAGAUGAAGUCAUUUGGAUUUGCUGGUACAAAAGAUAAGCGCUCUGUAUCAACUCAGAGGAAGAGGACCAGCAUCAUUGAUUGACUUUGCAGAGG